AUGAACGCUCGUAUAGGAGAGAAAGUCCGAAUUCAAGGCGUAGUAGCAUGCGGUGGUAAACCGAUGCUAGCACGUUUCAGACUAUACGAUGGAAAAGGACUCAAAAAUUCUGGUACCACAGCAAAUAUUGGAGAUGAAUUUUUGUUUCAAGUCACAAAUAUUACACCAUCAAACCUGUACUUAACAGUAGAUCAUCAUUGUGAUGGAGGAUAUAAGAAUAAGGUUUUUAACGUAAAUUUUCAGCAUUGCUUGAGAAAGGAUAAGGUAUCAUUUAUAAACUUAACUAAAAUACACGAAAUAUUUCAUAUUGGAACAUUAGAAUUGGAAGCUACAAAUGUAUCACAUCCUCGGACAACUUCUACAAUUGAAAGUCACGCUGGCUGUCAGUGUUAUGUAGAUAAUUUGUUGAAUAAAACAUCUGUAUUAUGCCUGGAAUUGGCCAAAACUUAUCGAAACCGUUACCAAAAGAAUAAACGUUCGAAGAUUUCGUACAAAAACUAA